AUGGCUCAGGCACGCGUGCGCCUUACUCCGGCCGGCGUGCCGGCCACCGCGUUCCUCUCGGGCUCCAACCCCAGACCCGCCCACCUCACCUUCUUCCCGAAGCUCACCCCCACCUCCCUCUCCGCAACCGCGGCUGCCAAUGCGCCGCCGCCCCACAUCGUCGUCGUGGGCUCCGCCAACGCCGACAUCUACGUCGAGGUCGACCGCCUCCCGCUAAUCGGCGAGACCGUGGCGGCCCGCGCGGGGCGCAGCCUCGCGGGCGGCAAGGGUGCCAACCAGGCCGCCUGCGGCGGACGCCUCGCGCUGGGCCCUACUUACCUCGUGGCUCGCGUCGGCGAUGACGCAAACGGCCGACUCCUCGAAGGUGCCCUAGCCGACGCCGGCGGUGUCCGAACCGACCGCGUCGCGCGCGCGGCCGAUGCGCCAUGGGGACAUGCCGUCGUCAUGCUCAUGCCCGACGGCCAGAACUCCAUCAUCAUCGUGGGCGGGGCGAACAUGGAGGGCUGGGCGGCGGGGAUCGGCCCGGAGGACCUGGAAUUGAUCCGAAAGGCCGGCGUACUGCUGCUGCAGAGGGAGAUACCCGAUUGGGUCAACGCGCAGGCUGCCCAGGUGUUUGCUUUUUACUCUACCUAUAUCUCAGAAGGGUGA